AGUCAUGUUGGUUGCAUUAUUAGCAACUAUAUUCGUUUUAGGCCUGGCUCAGGCCGACUUAUUCGCUAGCUUGCUGUACAGUGAAUUGGCAAUGCAGGAGAAUCGUGACAAUGUAGUCAUUUCACCUUCUGCCCUUCGCAGCGCCUUGGGAAUGGCUUAUAUUGGUGCUGAAGGUGAAGCAGCUGCGGAUCUGAAACAUGUCAUGUAUCUUCAUGGGGAUACAAAGAAUAUGGUUUUAGACGACUUUGACAGAGAUCUCAACAUUCAUACGCCAUAUGUAGAACUAAAAUUAGCCUAUCGGCUAUAUGUGCACCACAAUUUUCCUAUACAGGGCGCAUACCAAUCUUUAGCGAUAAAACAUUUCCGUACAGCGGCUGAAAACGUUAAUUUCGACCACGCGGAAGCAGCGGCCAAGCAUAUGAGCGCCUACAUUGAGGCGCAUACCGCGCACAAAUUUAAAGACACUAUCCAACCGGUAGAUAUAGGCACGCAUACGAAAUUAUUUCUGACGACUGGCUUCUAUUUUAAUGGAAAAUGGGAAAGACCUUUUGGAAAAAUUAGUAUUCGUCGCCCCUUUUACUUUACGCCGUCUGACCACGUUCCCGUGAUGAUGUAUGGCAAGACGGACGAGCUACUUUGCGGUGACCUGCCCGAUUGGGAUGCAAAGGGCGUCGAGAUACCAUACAGGACCUCGAAUCUUAGUAUGCUUAUAAUAUUGCCAAACCAACGCACCGAAAACUUGAGGGAUUUGGAAAAAGCUAUUCGCACUACCGAUUUUCGCACAGUUAACAACCGUUUCGAAAGAGCCAUCGUACACAUAGAAAUGCCGCAAUUUAGAGUUGAAUACCAAAUCAAACUCAACGAAGUGCUCCACGCUAUGGGUCUGAAAAGUUUAUUUACAAAUCCAGACUUUGGCAGUCUGUCCCAUAAGCCAGGUUUAAGGAUAUCGACUAUAAAGCAAAAGGGAAUAAUUGACGUUAACAUCGCGACGAACGAUGAGGUUCAUGCAGAUUUGGAAGUGAAUCUCAACAACACGCCAAAGAACUUCAUUGUAGACCACCAGUUCAUGUAUAUCAUUAAAGACCCGUAUAUGGUAUACUUUGUGGGUAGGGUGUUAAAACUACAAUAAAAUAUGUAUAAUUAAUAAAAUUAUAGAUGCCUUAUAAACCGUA